UAAUAUAAACCAGUCAUAUAGCUUUGAUAUAAUAUGUAUUUUUAUGUUUAGUGCAGGGUCCUUCGGUGAAUCAGGCAGUGUGUGGGGCAGCUGGAAGCCGGUGUGCACGUCAUCAGUUCAGUACUGAGAGCUGAGGUGUUGGGAAUCUAUAACAUUCCUUCCAAACAGCAGGUGGUUGAACCCUGGUGGAAGUGGAGAUGAAGAACCUGGUGUACCUGAUGUAUCUGUGUGUGCUGCUGUCCCUCCAUGUGUUGGUGAAUGGAGCCAGGCAGAGUCAGGACAUUAAAUGUGGAGCUUGCCGAGCGCUGGUUGACGAGAUGGAAUGGGCCAUAUCACAAGUAGAUCCCAAAAAAAUGAUCCAAACGGGUUCCUUCCGGAUCAAUCCCGAUGGGAGCCAGUCCAUCAAGGAGGUUCCUUUCGCACGCUCGGAGGGUCACCUGCUGGAGCUGAUGGAGGUGCUGUGUGAGAAGAUGAAGGACUACGGUGAGCGGGUGGAUCCCACCACCAGUCGAAAGACGUUUGUACGGCACACCGCGCGCGAUGGGGCGGCCAUGGACCUUUCAGAUGUCACCUACGACUCGAGAGUCACCUCCAGCUUGAAAUUCGCCUGUGAGACGAUCGUGGAACAGAAUGAAGAUGAACUGAUUGAAUUCUUCGCUCACGAGACGGACAACGUUAAAGACAAACUCUGCAGCAAGAGAACCGAUCUGUGCGACCACGCGCUGAAGAUCCCGCACGAUGAACUGUAACGACGACGACUGAAGGCGCAGCUGAACACGGCAUCAGAUUUCAG